AUGACUACACUAAUGAUUACAAUCGAAACUACUACACCAUGUACAGAUAUUUUACAGCAGUCAAGAUACCACAGUUUAACUCUAUAUUUACCAAAUGCAGAAUAUCUAUUUAUUCUCUUAUUUCAAUUAAUUAUUAUAUUCUCUAUUGUAAAUAAUCUAUUAUCCAUUCAAACGUGUCUUCGUUUAUCUAUACGUAUAACAAAUCUUGGUGUCUAUCUAAUACUUCUCUCACUCAGCAAUCUAAUACGUUGCAUAUUUCUUGAAACAUCACUUAUAUGUGAUACACAAUCAUUACAACGUACAGUUGUAUUUUAUCUGUCAGCUAUCUCAUUAAAUAUAUUAAACUUUUCAGCAAUGUGGUAUUCAAGUAUGAUUGCUUGUGAACGUCUUUUUAUAGAAUGUUUCAAUUACGCUUUGUAUGCGACAAGACAACGUGCUUGUCUUCUCUCAUCUAUGUUAUUUAUAUUUGUUUUGCUUACACAAAUACCUCAAGUUUUGUUGUACUUUGGUCGAUUUUCCGCAUCGACAGUUACUCCUAUUUUAGCAAAAACUGUAAAAUGCGUUGAAUUUAGUACUGUUCUAGUUACAUGUGUUUUACAUAUUUUAUCAAGUCUCUUUGUGCUCAAAAACAUUAGUGUACAUAAAGUCUAUAUUAAUUUUGGUGAACAAGAAUAUUGGUUUGUUUGGAGACAACAAAUGAAGAAACAUAUGGAUUUUUUUAUACCACCACUAUGUUAUAUCCUAUGUAUAUUACCAUGGUACCUUUUUAAACAUGUGAUUUACUCCUGUUAUCAUGUUAGUCCAGCAACGACUUUACGUCUAUACUUUAUUUUGAUAGCACUAGCAAAUAUACCAUUUACAAUGACGUUCCUAAUAUAUAUUUAUCCAUCAAAAGUUUAUAUGAAUGAAUUUAAACGUUCAUUAGCUGUGUUAAGGACAAAAUUAUGUAUUUAUAGGUCCAAUCGAGAAAUAACCGGCAGUGAUAUGUCAAAUAUCACACAGAUUUCUUCGACAAUAUAA